CGUGCAGCUUUUGUGUUACUUGAAUUUUGGAAACUUGAUCUGCUUUUGCUUUGUUAUUUCAUUAUCAGUACCCCUUUGGGUCGUAUACUGGUUACCUGAACUGUCUUUUUGCUCAUCUUUGAAGAACUAUUUUAAAGUUCCCUUUUUUUUAUACUUCUGUCUUUUCAUUCAUUUUAUAAAUCUCUCCAUUCUUUCUUCAAAGUAAAAUUCUGGGUUUGUUUUUUUGUUUUCAAUUGGGGACACAGAAAUUAAAGAACUGAUUGGGAUUUCCAUUUGUGUUGCUGGGUCUCUUAGAUUUGAAGCUUUUUGGUUGGUGGAUCCCAAAUUCAUGAAUGCCCCCUUUUCUUCGACCAAUAAGUUUUGUUGCUGAACAAAUUAGCCCUGUCUGGCUAAGGUUUUUGAGUCUGUAGUGCUAGAUAAUUGAUCUUUGUGUAUUAUUUUAACUUAAGGAUCUUCAGUUUUCCCUUUUUAUCAUUGGUGGCUUUCUCACAAAUCUAGUCUCCGAAGUUAGUGAUUUCAAAGAGCAUCAAUGGGUUUUAAAUUUCUCGAAGAUCUCUCCAGUUUACUUCAUUACUAGAGAAAAGUGGGAUCUCUGGGGUUACCUCAUGUAGAUUCCUCGUAGGUGCUCUCAAGUUCAUUUGAAAAGAAUGAGUCAGCCUAAGAUCAAGCGCAGAGUUGGUAAAUACGAGGUGGGGAGGACAAUUGGUGAAGGGACAUUUGCAAAGGUGAAAUUUGCAAGGAACUCUGAGACAGGAGAACCUGUGGCUCUUAAAAUUCUUGACAAGGAGAAGGUGCUCAAGCACAAGAUGGCUGAGCAGAUCAGGAGAGAGGUGGCUACAAUGAAAUUAAUCAAGCAUCCAAAUGUUGUUCGAUUGUAUGAGGUGAUGGGAAGCAAGACAAAAAUAUAUAUUGUUUUGGAGUUUGUGACUGGUGGGGAGCUCUUUGACAAAAUUGUAAACCAUGGACGGAUGAGUGAAAAUGAAGCUCGUAGAUAUUUCCAACAGCUUAUAAAUGCUGUUGAUUAUUGCCACAGCAGGGGUGUCUACCACAGAGACCUGAAGCCAGAAAAUUUGCUCUUAGAUACUUAUGGGAACCUUAAAGUUUCCGACUUUGGAUUGAGUGCCCUCUCCCAGCAAGUUAGGGAUGAUGGGCUUCUCCAUACUACAUGUGGGACACCAAACUAUGUUGCUCCAGAGGUCCUUAAUGAUAGAGGCUAUGAUGGUGCAACUGCAGACUUGUGGUCAUGUGGGGUGAUUCUCUUUGUAUUGGUUGCAGGUUACCUACCUUUUGAUGACCCUAAUCUUAUGAACCUGUAUAAGAAAAUCUCAGCUGCUGAAUUUACUUGCCCCCCGUGGCUUUCUUUCAGUGCCAGGAAAUUGAUUACACGAAUCUUGGAUCCUGAUCCCACAACUCGUAUCACUAUACCUGAGAUUUUGGAUGAUGAAUGGUUUAAGAAAGAUUAUACGCCUCCUGUUUUUGAGGAGAAUGGGGAAAUCAACCUUGAUGACGUUGAAGCUGUCUUUAAAGAUUCUGAAGAGCACCAUGUGACAGAGAAGAAAGAAGAGCAGCCAACAUCCAUGAAUGCGUUUGAGUUAAUUUCCAUGUCCAAAGGGCUGAACCUUGAAAACUUGUUUGAUACAGAGCAGGGGUUCAAAAGGGAAACAAGAUUCACGUCAAAGUCACCUGCAGAUGAGAUAAUCAACAAGAUUGAGGAGGCUGCAAAACCUCUUGGCUUUGAUGUGCAGAAGAAAAAUUACAAGAUGAGGCUUGCAAAUGUAAAAGCUGGAAGAAAGGGAAACCUUAAUGUUGCCACUGAGAUAUUUCAAGUGGCACCUUCUCUUCACAUGGUUGAGGUACGGAAGGCAAAAGGAGACACAUUGGAGUUCCAUAAGUUCUACAAGAAGCUUUCAACAAGCCUGGAUGAUGUUGUUUGGAAAACAGAAGAUGAUAUGCAAAUGAGAGAAAAAAAUUGAUAUAUUGAUAUUAUUAUUAUAUUAUUAUUAUUAUCAAGUGUAAUUUUCUUCAUUUCUGAAGUUCUGCUAUUUUCCAAUUUCUUCAUUCUUAUUUCCUCUAAGGUUCCUUCCUGUAGGUUUGUUUGGACAUUCCAUAGUAUUCAUAAUGUAUUUUGUACCAUGCUAGUAUUUUUGAAAGCAUGCAAUGUAAGAAUUUUCCUCAUUAACACUUUCAGCUAUGUUCAUGAAACAAAAAUUGUAAGAAAAUUUGAAUAUUGUAUAUACCUAUAUAUUUAUCUUUUUA